AUGGCCUCUGAUCCAGGCGGCGAUGCUGCUGGCAUGGACAUGCAGCCUCCCGACCUAUCUCACCACAGCACAGCACACACCCAACGCGACCAUGAUCAGAACAAGAUGGAUGCCCAACAAACUGCUACUCGCCCCACGGCCACCGACGACUUGCAACCGAUGCCGCCCGCCCCAGCACAAAUACCUGGUGGCGAGCCUCGCGCUCCGCGAUUGAGGACUGGAGAGCUGCAUCGUCGCCGCAGUCAAAUCCUCUACUCAGGAACCGGGAGCGAGCAACCUGCGGGGGGAACGGGCAUACAGAAGCCAACGGCCCGCCCGUUGGAGCAGGCGUCUGCGCUGCGAAGACAAGGCAGCUCGGCAGGCCUCUAUCGGCCAGGCGCUGCUGCCGCUGCGACACGCGAGAGAAUGUACCAAAUGUUGGCAGCGGCGGCCAGCGCAGAAGACUUAAACCGCAUUUCGACAUCACCAAUUCCAGCCAGUAUAGACGACAGGCAAAAGAACUCCACGAUGACGACGACACGACCAAUAGCGAUACCGCGGACACGGCGCAAUGUGGAAGUGGAAAUGCUUGAUGCCAGCAUGCCUCCUCCUCCCCCUCGAGCGGCGGCCACGACGACGACGAACCUGGGCAGCAUGGCAAGCAGUUCCGUCUAUUCCAGCUUCCCACCGCCCCCGUCCGAGACGCGAGACGACCUAGGUACACCGAGCAGCAGCGCACACGGCAACGGCGGCGGCUUGAAGCGCAGCGCGAGCAACAGCUCGCCAACAGUGACGGUAAUCGAGUGCCCUAUCCUCGAGGUGGACGAACAGUGCGGUAACGACGAGGAUCUAUCGUGGCUCAAAAAUGACCGAGAGCUGGAGCAGAUGCUAGCGGUACCGCCAUCGUCGUACCGACGAGUCGGGCGGUCCAGCCUGACGUUUCGGCGGUCGCAGGAGGCGGCCAUGCAGUGCUCACAGGUGGUGCGCAACGUGCCGCGGAUGCGCAAACGACGGAGCAGGAAGCUGGACCAUCGGCGGCACUCAACGACUCUGUCGGAGAGCACCAUCUGCCCAUCGUCGUCGCCCUCACCGACGGCCACACCCGUCGGGUGA